CUCUAGCGGAACUCUUGCAUCAAGAUUGAAUUUUAUUUACGAAGUGAUAUUUUUCAAUUCCUACAUGUAAAUUAGACAGAGAACAUUUUAAUGACACUGCAGAAAUGUCAAACGACGUAGACAGAACACUAUGGGUGGGAAAUCUCUCCGAAAAAAUCACAGACGAGAUACUUUACGAACUUUUUUUGCAGGCUGGACCAUUGGACAAGGUUUCCAUUGCCAAGGAAAGAGAUACUGGGAAACAGAAAAAUUUUGCUUUUGUAACAUUUCUUCAUGACAUCUCAGUUCCAUAUACAAUACAGUUGAUGGAUGGAGUACAGCUGUUUGGCAGAAAUCUUCGAUUACAGAGUCGGCCAGGCUCAAUUCAUCAACAACAACAACAACAGCAACAACAAAGCAUGAUUCAGGGAAACAUCAGGAACAUAAACAACCCAUACCAGAACAGUCAGCCAGCGAGUUCUCCAAAACCUUUCACAAAUGGUCAGUUUAUGCAAAUGAAUGCUGCGCCUCCCAACCCAUUUGCAAUGAACCAGCCAGUGAGAAAUCAGCCUUCUGGAAUGUCACACCCACCUAGUUUUCAUAGAUCUCACACAUGGCACGGUAAUGAUCUCAGCAACGGGCAACAUGAGCGAGAUCGUGAAGAUCGUAGAGGGAAUGAUAGAGAUCGUUAUUCAAAUCGGGACCGAGAUCGCUCAAACAGCCGUAGAAGGGAUGGAUAUGGUCAAGAAAAUGGUAGGGAUGAGUAUAGAAACAGUCCAAGUAGUUAUAAUGAUAGAAAUGGAAAUGCAGAUGACUUUGAAUCGCGAAGACAAAAAGUGCUUCAAAAACAUGAUCGUAUGCUUCAAGGUUACCGCCGAGAAAAAGACUCAAGACCCAGUCCGCCUUAUCACAACCACAGGAGAGGGAGGUACUAGCAAUAUCUAACUGAACAAUAUGCAAUGUUUAUUGGCAUAGACUUUGGCCAAUGGAGACUAAAAGAUUCUUAGUGGUAAAUGUUCAUUCUGGACAGUCACAAAUUUCUUGAUUAGUUAUUAACUGGGAGGCCUCUGUGGUCAAGGUUGCUGGCUUAAAAUUGCCCCUCACCAAUGUGGGUUCAAGCCUCACUUGGGCGAUGAAUUCUUCCUAUGAGGAAGCCAUCCAGCUGACUUACGGAACGUCGAUGGUUCUACCGAGUGCCCCACUGUGAUGAAAUAAUGGACAGAGGGGCACCUGGGGUCUUCCUCCACCAUCAAAGCUUGAAAGUUGCCAUAUGACCUAUAAUUGUGUCAGUGCAAUGUUAAACCCAACAAAAAAAACCUGGUUCAUUAAAUUAGCUUAACAAGGUCAAAUAUAUGUUUACAUUAUAAUGGACUUUGUAAAUUACGCUUAUAUUGUAAAUAGUUUGGAACCCUAGUUAAUGUCCAAAAUGAGCAUUUACUGUCUUGAUUUUGCCGUUAGGAAGGUGGAAGAGCAGUCUGUGUUGUAAUUUGGACAAAAUCCACCUGAACUAAGUAUCCCCUUUACCAUUUGGCCAAUGUGGACAAAAAUCCCCUUUGAUUCUUUUCAAGCAAUAUGUGGUUAAUUUUAAUUUUGACAGUUUUAAUUUAGAAAAAAUUAUGAAUGUUAGUUUAAAAGAUGAAUAGUAAAUGUAAUAUGUUAGUGGAAGAUCAUAUUUCUUAAAUUUUGAUAUUAAAUUUAUUUUAAUUCCUUAUUCGAAGGAAGGGAUUUUGUCCACCAUGGUUUAGGUUUACAGGGGGCAUUUUCUGCAAGGCGGGCAAGGAUUAUGUCCUGCAUAUGUCAAUACUGUAUCAGGGAUGAAUACAAAAGCAGCUAUCAUCGCUUUAAAGAAUUGUUACAUUUUUUUAGGUCAUUUUUAGCUCACCUGUCACAAAGUGACAAGGUGAGCUUUUGUGAUCGCGUGGCGUCCGUCGUCCGUCCGUCAGUCCGUGCGUGCGUGCGUGCGUAAACUUUUGCUUGUGACCACUCUAGAGGUCAGAUUUUUCAUGGGAUCUUUAUGAAAGUUGGUCAGAAUGUUCAUCUUGAUGAUAUCUAGGUCAAGUUCGAAACUGGGUCACGUGGGGUUAAAAACUAGGUCAGUAGAUCUAAAAAUAGAAAAACCUUGUGACCUCUCUAGAGGCCAUAUUUCUCAAUGGAUGAUCAUGAAAAUUAGUCAGAAUGUUCACCUUGAUGAUAUCUAGGUCAAGUUUGAAACUGGGUCACGUGCAGUCAAAAUCUAGGUCAGUAGGUCUAAAAAUAGAAAAACCUUGUGACCUCUCUAGAGGCCAUAUUUUUCAUGGGAUCUUUAUGAAAAUUGGUCAGAAUGUUCAUCUUGAUGAUAUCUAGGUCAAGUUCAAAACUGGGUCAUGUGCAGUCUAAAACUAGGUCAGUAAGCCUAAAAAUAGAAAAACCUUGUGACCUCUCUAGAGGCCAUAUUUCUCAAUGGAUCUUCAUGAAAAUUUGUCAGAAUGUUCACCUUAAUGAUAUCUAGGUCAAGUUAGAAACUGGGUCACGUGUGGUCAAAAACUAGGUCAGUAGGUCUAAAAAUAGAAAAACUUUGUGACCUCUCUAGAGGCCAUAUUUUUUAUGGGAUCUUUAUGAAAAUUAGUCAGAUUGUUCACCUUGAUGAUAUCUAGAUCAAGUUCGAAACUGGGUCACGUGCAGUCAAAAACUAGGUCAGUAGGUCUAAAAAUAGAAAAACCUUGUGACCUCUCUAGAGGCCAUAUUUCUCAAUGGAUCUUCAUGAAAAUUGGUGAGAAUGUUCAACUUGAUGAUAUCUAGGUCAGAUUCCAAACUGGGUCACAUGCGGUCAAAAACUAGGUCAGUAGGUCUAAAAAUAGAAAAACCUUGUGACCUCCCUAGAAGCCAUAUUUUUCAAUGGAUCUUCAUGAAAAUUAAUGAAAAUGUUCACCUUGAUGAUAUCUAGGUCAAGUUCGAAACUGGGUCAUGUGCAGUCAAAAACUAGGUCAGUAGGUCUAAAAAUAGAAAAACCUUGUGACCUCUCUAGAGGCCAUAUUUUUCAUGAGAUCUUCAUGAAAAUUGGUGAGAAUGUUCACCUUGAUGAUAUCUAGGUCAAGUUCAAAAGUGGGUCAUGUGCCUUCAAAAACUAGGUCAUUAGGUCAAAUAAUAGAAAAACCUUGUGACCUCUCUAGAAGUCAUAUUUUUCAAUGGAUCUUCAUGAAAAUUGGUCAGAAUUUUUAUCUUGAUGAUAUCUAGGUCACAUGUGCUCAAAAACUAGGUCACUAUGUCAAAUAAUAGAAAUAACAACGUCAUACUCAGUUCAAAACUGGGUCAUGUGGGGAUAGGUGAGCGAUUCAGGACCAUCAUGGUCCUCUUGUUUCUUUUAGUCAGAUGAAAAUUCUUGGCAUGAGCCAGUCAUGAAAAAACUUCUGUACACAAAAGUUUAGGUAGUACGACACUGCACUUUGUUAUUUCUUUUUUUAAAGUUUUACUGUGAUGUGACAUGUUGCUGGAAGCUCUCUUUAUUAUAUGAGUUAAAUGCUGGUGCAGUUAUAGGUAGAAAAAACUAUACUUGUCUACAUAAUAAACUCAGUACUAAAUCUCAGAUUUUUGCAGUAUAAUACUUACACGUUUAAACAUAGUUGGUAGGAUUUGUACACAAGAAUAUUAAUAAUAUUGAAUUUCCAGUGUUUUAUUAGGCCGAAUUUUGGUCCAAUAGUUUUUUCCAAAUUUGUUACAGCUUUUUUACAUUUUUCAACAAAAAACUGUAGUACAUAUUAAAUCAGACCAUUUAAAACAAAAGGUAAUGUGCUUGUAAGUAAUUUUCUUUUGAUGUUUCAAAUCUUUGUAGGUAAUGUGUCAUACCACAAAAGUAGAUUUAACAAAGGAAAUAUUUAUCUUUGUUGGAAAUGUGCAGUACUGCCUUCAAUAAAGGAUUUUUUUGUUGGAAGAAAGCAGUUAUGAUAUUUCAAAUGUUUGUUGGUAAUAUGAUGCAGUAUCACCUUAAAUGAAUAAAGUAUUCUUUGUUGGUAAUGUGCAGUGUCACCUUAAAAGAAGAAAGUAUACUUUGUUGGUAAUGUGCAGUAUCACCUUAAAAAAAGUAGAGUCUAUUCUUUGUUGGUAAUGUGCAGUAUCACCUUAAAAAAAGAAAGUAUUCUUUGUUAGUAAUGUGCAGUAUCACCUUAAAAGAAGUUGGUAAUGUGCAGUAUCACCUUAAAAGAAGAAAGUAUUCUUUGUUGGUUUGUGCAGUGUCACCUUAACUGAAACAAGUAUUAUGAGAUUUCAAAUCUUUGCUGGUAAUAUGCAGUAUCACCUUUACUGAAGAAUGCAUUUCUGACAUUUCAAACGUCUGGUUGUAAUGUGUAGUAUCACUUUCAAUGAAGGAGAACUCCAUUAAAUCAUAGGGGGGACAUUGAGUGUACUUGUAUUACUUUUGCAAGAAACUUUAAAUAAAGAGCACAGAUGUUAUACAGCAAUUUCUAAGCAGUAUUUAUUGAUAACAACUCUUUUAGUCUGUAGAACAUUGAGAAAAAGUUAGUUGCACCAGUCAAUCAUGCAGUAAAGAAUAUAAAAUACUUUACAGCAUACUGUUUAAGUAUCCACUGAAAUUAUACCAAGUUUUACUUUUAUCACAAAGAGGCAUUCCAUUUAUAGUUUAAACUAUGGAGAAAAACUGGUAUGUUCUUUCUUAAAAGUACAAAAAAUUGAACAUCAAUUUGCUGCUUUAUUUGUUGUUGGUACCAGGCUUUUUCAUAUGAUGUUUUUAUUCAGUGAAUAAAGUGUAUUUUUUUCUCCAUGUUGAAGAGUAUGAGCAAAAGUGGUCUAAGUGCAUAUAGAUAAAA